UCCUACUUCGCUGCAAUUACGGACCAAAGCUUCAAAGUUUGUUGCUUUUUUCUCAUGCUUAAUUGAUACUUUCUUCCUUCUGUGCUCUCUCUCUCCCUCACAGAUCGAUUCAAGAUCAAUGGGUAUUUUACUCUGCUGUCUUCGAGUUCCGAGGCAUGAUGAUGAAUCUGGAAACGUACCCAGAAUCAGAGCCUUCAAUUUCUCAAUAACUAAUAACUUUCUCCUCAAGUACGAUCAACUAUCUCGAAACCAGGAACGAAGGGUAAAUCCCUCUGUCGCCGACGACGAAGAUGUUUGUCCGACAUGUUUCUAUGAGUACACUGAGGAUAAUCCGAAGAUAGUUUUGCAAUGUGGACAUAUCUUUCACCUUGCUUGCAUCUAUGAAUGGAUGGAGAGAAGUGAAGUUUGUCCCUUUUGUUCCAAGAAAAUGCUUUUCAUGGAGGGUGAAAUUACAGAGCAAGUGGCGUAACGACAAGAGAGACGUCCUCAUAUUCUUUGGCGGCUGCAAAUGUUAUUCGUUAACAAUUCCUUUUUGUGAUCUAGUAUGUUGUAACUAUUCUUUUAUAGAUUUUGGAAGACUUCGAUUAGCUUUUGUCUCUUUACCCCUCCAAAAAGAUAUUAGUCCAUUUUUGUGUGGUGUUUAUAUGUGAUAAAAUUCAUUUGUAGUAGGAUUAGUACGGGUUAAUGGG